UUCAACCAAUGACGGAUCAGCGGGAAAAGCGACUACACACACGCAAUUUCAAUUUGAAAUCCAAACGGCUACGAGAGAUUAUUUAGCUGAGCUGUGUCUGCGAUUGUAAUUCUCAGUUCGCGAUAUAAAAGAACUGAAGAUCCAUGAACAAAGAGAAUACAACAUCUCGUCUCCCUGUUAUGUCUGGGAAACGGGCUCUCACUAACAGCACAGAUGGGGAGCAGCAACAGCCUGCGCAGAAGAAGAUGCGGAAGGUGGAUGUCGAGCCGUCUCAGCGGUUCAGACCUGCAGCUAGUGUUGCGCCCCCGAGACGGCCUGUGGCAGUCAAAGCUCCUGCCAAACCUCUUCGUCCAACUGGAGCAGCAACAGUCGCCGUUGCCCCCUCAAGAGGUGACCAGAGAAGACCAGUUGCAGCAGUUGCUAAAGCACCUGCAGGAUCAAGUAUGUCACGAAGGCCAGGAUGGGACCUGAAGGGUAAAGUCAGUGAUAUGGAGGCUAAAGUCCAGAACUACCAGAGCAAAGUCAAAUCUGUAAAUCAGGAAAAUGAGUCUCUCAAAGAGUCCAUAACCAAAGCCCAAAGGCGUAAAGUUGAAAUUGAAGAGGAGAAUAAUAGUCUAAAAAAGCGUCUCGGGGAUUGUGAAGAGGAGCUGGUAAAGCUUGCUUCUGUGAAAGAUGAUCUGGCGCAAGCUUCUAAAGAGAGAGAUGGACUUAAGAAAGACCUCAACAAGCUAACCGAGGAGCAUAAGGUUUUGGAAGGACUCAGGGAUCAUUUGGAGUCUGAGCUCCGCAAUGUACAGACUCAGCUCGCCAUUCAGACCUCUGCACUGGGCCGGUGUCAGGACAGUCUGAAGGAGAGCCAAGAGCUCGUCAGGAACCUUGAGGAAACAGUGGCCCAUCAACGAGAAGAGCUUCACCUUGGAGAAAUGGAGCGAAGGAAACUCCACAACACCAUUCAAGAGCUCAAAGGCAACAUCCGAGUCUUUUGUAGGGUCCGCCCACUGCUGACUGGCAAUCAGUCUGAUAUUCUGCACAUCCAGCUGCCGGCCCACGACAACAAGGCUCUUACGCUUGCCAAAAUGGAAGAGUCUCACACAGGUCGCACGGCUGAUACACAGAAGAGCUAUAACUUCAGCUUCGACCGUGUGUUUGGGCCACGUGCCUCUCAGCGUGAGGUUUUCGAAGAGAUUUCCCUUCUGGUGCAGUCUGCUCUGGAUGGAUACAAUGUUUGCUGCUUUGCUUAUGGUCAAACUGGCAGCGGGAAGACCUUUACUAUGGAAGGGGGCGAGCUGGAGGAUGUGUGGGGGGUCAUCCCACGUGCUGUCCAGCAAAUCUUUAAGUCUGCCAAAGCACUCCGAGAGCAAGGGUGGCAGUACACCUUCACCGCCAGCUUUGUGGAGAUCUACAAUGAGACACUUCGAGAUCUUCUCUACAAGGGAAAACCAAACAAGAGACCUGAGCAUGAGAUCAGGAAGAUUUCCAACAAUGAGAUCACAGUUACCAACCUGACCUACCAAAAAGUCAACAAUGAGGAUGAGGUGCACAACUUGAUCAUGCUGGCAAACCAGAACCGGUCCACUGCCCGCACGUGCAUGAACGAUCAAUCUUCACGUUCUCACUCUGUGUUCCAGCUAGACAUUGAGGGGGAAAACUCUGAUCGAGACACCAAGUGCAAGUCCACACUGUGUCUCGUGGAUUUGGCCGGCAGUGAGAGAGUGCAGAAGAGUCAGUCUCAAGGAGAGCGCUUCAAGGAAAUGACUGCCAUCAACUCUUCCCUCACCAACCUGGGAAUUGUGAUCGCUGCUUUGGCCAACAAGGACAGCUUUGUUCCCUACCGUAACUCAAAGCUCACGUACCUCCUCCAGAACUGCCUCGGAGGCAACAGCAAAACUUUGAUGUUUGUGAAUAUAUCACCUGAGGAAGAGAGCUUUGGCGAAUCACUGAAUUCUCUGCGCUUUGCCAGCAAGGUAAACGACUGUGUCAUCGGAACAGCCUCAGCCAAUCGGAAGUAGUUUAGUUGUCAUUUCCGGACAUCCACUGUGGUCAUUUAUAAAUGUUUUUAACUUUUAUCUGAACUUCACUUAUUUCAUGUUUAUCCUCAACUCUCCUGUCUUUGGCAUCUUUUUAUAUUUUUGUGAUGCAUUUUAAUGUACAAUCUUACUGGUUUUUAUUAACAUUUUACAACCAAAAUCAAAUGCAUAUUGUACUUCAACUUGUAAGAGGUCAAUAAAUUUUCCAUUUUGAUCAAA